AUGUCCACAGCAAUACCCGCGCCUCAAACACCAAGGCCGCAACGUAUUCUGGCCUGUCUGCUCUGCCAGCAACGUAAAGUCAAGUGCAGUCGUUCGUUCCCAUGCACAAACUGCAUCAAGCAACACGUUCAAUGUGUUCCCGCUACAGCGCCACGACGACGACGCCGUCGGUUUCCCGAAAGAGAGCUGCUGGAGCGUCUUCGAAAAUAUGAGGACUUGAUGAGGCAAAACGGCGUCAAGUUUGCCCCGCUGCAUCCGGAGACUGGUGUCGAGAAAGAGAGUAGUGACUCGGAAGAGGAAGACGGAGGAUCCAACACUGGGAAACUAGAGAACUCUAAAAACAAGCCGCAACCUCCCGAUUUUCUGAGCAGCCAGUUCCGUGAAAAUGUCCUCACUACCUCCUGGGACCGCUCCAUGGACAACGAAGACAACAUUCUCUUUGGAUCGCGCCAGACUUUCGUUCAUCUUUCGUCUUUGCAUCCUCCGCCGGCACACAUCUUCAAGUUGUGGCAGGUAUAUCUCGACAAUGUCAGUCCGUUGCUCAAGGUGACGCAUACGCCUUCCUUGCAAAGUCGAAUUACUCAAGUAGCUGGCACCUUGUUUGGUGUGGAUGCUGCUCUUGAAGCACUCAUGUUUAGCAUUUACUGUAUUUCCGUGACAAGUCUCGAGCCGGAAGACUGUCCGGCAAUGUUUGGUUCACCACGGGAGGAUCUGCUGAUGCGGUUUCGGUUCGGCUGCCAGCAGGCGCUGAUGAAUACUGCUUUUUUGCAGACUGAGGACCUAGAUACCUUGACGGCAUUGUAUCUCUAUUUGCUAUCUACCUAUGCCAUCGUCCACGCCCGGUCGCUGGAUUCCAUGCUCGGGAUCGCUAUCCGCAUUGCGCAGCGGCUGCGCAUUCACGAUGAAACGCAAAACUCUAAAUGCACGGUUUUCGAGGCAGAGAUGCGUCGGAGGCUCUGGUGGGCAUUGGUGCUUCUUGAUAGUCGUGUCAGCUCCGUGGCCAACUCUGUCUCCUCGACGUUGGUUCCAACCUGGGAUUGCAAGAUCCCGACCAAUAUUGGAGAUGCAGAGCUACGGCCCGACAUGGCUGAGGUACCGCUCGUACAAGACUAUCCAUCGGACGCCAUAUUUGCUGUUGUUCGUUGUGAAAUCGGCGAGUAUAUUCGUCAUUCACCCCUUCAUAUUGAUCUCACCAACACUCGUCUGAGUGUACUUGCUAAACAUAGUCCUGUCAAUGACAAUGUAGCAGAGUUAGAAAAAGUGGUUGAAAAGCGUCUUGGUAGUUGCAGAGAAGAAAACCCCAUACAGUUUAUGACUAUUUGGGCGAAUCGAGCUCAACUUGCCAAACUUCAUCUCGUUGAGCACUCUGCGCGACCCGCGUCGUCUCCUGACGAACAAUUUAGCGCCGACGCUAUGAAUCAAGCAUUACGGCUUCUGCAGUGCGACACGACCUUGAUGAAGGCGCCGUCGACGAAAGGGUACCACUGGUUCCUACGGCAGCAUCUCCCAUUUGUGGCAUACAUCCACAUAAUGCAGCAUCUCCAGGCACGAAGCAAUGGCGCCAACGGCGGACCACGCAUCGAGGAAGCCUGGAAGGCUUUGAACGAUAAUUUUGUGGCUCGGUUCAGCUCCGCGAAUGCCUGCAGUGGAACGCAUUUCAAAGCAUUUACGAACUUGGUCCUGGGGGCUUGGGAAACAAUGGAGGCCAAGUACCGGGAUGGGGAAAAGACAACACCAGAGCUCGUGUUGACAGUGAGGCAGAAGUUGGCGGAUGCUGCGCUGACGAGUCUGGAGAAUUCUCUUGUCCCUCCUUUGGAUGGAGGACCAAAUGGUGACGAAUUUGAUUUGGAUGAUGUUUGCGGUGGUGGUCUGGGCGAUUUGGCAACAGUUUUGGACUUUGCCAACCUCGAUCAAGCUGGAUUUGAGGGCGAUAUAUCAAACAUUACGUCUAUGGAGUGGAAAUAA